UUCCGAGCGCUGCUCUGGGAGAGCUCGCGAGCUUUGGCCGCCGCCGCUGCCGCCGCUGUUUCCCUCGCGAGAGCAGCGGGUCGCCAUUCGGCGUGACGUCACUGUGUAUUGUUGUGAGGGGGAACGGGAGCAUCCCAGAGCUGUCAGCUGCUGAGUGCCGCGGCUUCCUUCGCUGCUACUGCUGAGGGAGGCGGGGUGCAGCGGCCGUUCUCUUGUCACGCCGAGCCAUUGUCUCCGUUCGAAGCUCCGAAUACCCGUGGAACCCCCACGUCAUAAAAACCAUCAAUGAAAUGCAAACAUGAAAGACAAGAGGAAGAAGAAGGACCGCACCUGGGCCGAGGCUGCCCGCCUGGCUUUAGAAAAACAUCCCAACUCGCCUAUGACUGCAAAACAGAUUUUGGAAGUCAUCCAGAAAGAAGGGUUAAAAGAAACCAGAAAUGGCACUUCUCCAUUGGCGUGUCUAAAUGCCAUGCUUCAUACUAACACUCGGGUGGGAGACGGAACCUUCCUCAAAAUCCCGGGGAAGUCCGGACUCUAUGCUCUUAAAAAAGAAGAUUCUACUUGUACCACAGACGGGACGUUAGAAAUAGGCUGUGAGUCUGAGUUAGAUGGGCUGGAAAUGGCAGAGGGAAGCAGCAACGGAGAGGAAUCUGAAGUUUGCCCAAAGCAAGCAACUGAAGAAGCCAACCGAGACUCGGGACUCACAAACACCACGGUGCAGAGCAAGCUAGUGUCUUCCUUCCAGCAACACACCAAAAAGGCGCUAAAGCAGGCUUUGAGGCAGCAGCAGAAGAGGAGAAAUGGGGUCUCUAUGAUGGUAAACAAGACCGUGCCUCGUGUUGUCCUGACGCCUUUAAAGGUGUCGGAUGAGCAGUCCGAUUCUCCUUCAGGGUCUGAAUCCAAGAACGGGGAAGCAGACAGUUCUGAUAAGGAAACCAAGCAGGGGCAAAAAUCACCCCCAGGCAAACAGACAAGCCAGCACUUGAAACGUCUGAAGAAGUCGGGUUUAGGGCAUUUGAAAUGGACCAAAGCAGAAGAUAUUGACAUUGAAACUCCAGGAUCAAUCUUAGUGAAUACUAAUCUGAGGGCUUUAAUUAACAAGCAUACAUUUGCUUCUUUGCCACAGCAUUUUCAGCAAUACCUUCUGCUUUUACUCCCAGAGGUAGACAGGCAGAUGGGAAACGAUGGCACUUUACGGCUUAGUAAUUCUGCUCUAAAUAAUGAAUUCUUUGCGUAUGCCGCUCAAGGUUGGAAACAGAGGUUAUCAGAAGGGGAAUUUACACCAGAAAUGCAAAUGCGUAUCCGACAAGAAAUUGAAAAAGAAAAGAAAACCGAAGUUUGGAAAGAAAGAUUUUUCGAGAGAUUUUAUGGGGAAAAAUCUGGAAUGUCCAGAGAAGAAUCUCUCCAAAUAACUUCAGCUCAAAAUAGUAGUGAAGAUGAAACUAGUUCCUUAGAAACCCCUUUGAGCUUACCUGGCACAUCGGCGCAGCUUGACAGUAGCACAGAACCCAUCAAUGAAGCACCACCCUUUCAGGAAAAACACUCGAUUGAAGAACCCCUUUGCAACAUGGACCAGGUACCCUCCAAGGAGUUAGUAGAUGAAACUGUACUUGAAGACAUAUUAAUAUCUGAAGAAGCAGUGAUUCAGGAAGAAAUUGCUGAGGAAUUGGAGACCACCAUUUGCGAAUGUCAGGAAGAGGAUGUCAAGGCUGAUAAUGAGUUGUCUGAUGAGCGGGAACAAGAAAACACUAAAAAUGAGGAAAAAGUGCUUGUGGAAAAUAUAGAGUCAUGUGUGGUCAUGGAAGAUGAAACGGUUUGUACUCUGAAUGUUAAGGAAGAAGUCGAGAAGUCUGAUGGUGUUGAACGUGAAAUGCCAGAUGAAGUCAACCAGCCAAGUCAAGUCACAUCUCCUGUUCGCUCAGUUUCUCCUCAUUGUUCACCUGAUGAGACAACUGAAAAGAAGGAACCUCCUUUGGAAGAGCUGAAUACUGCAGAGGAAAAAGGCAUUUUGUCCACGUCGGCGGAGUCUGUAUGCGCUGAAGAUGCAACUGCUGCGGAAAUGGAACUGAUUAGCGAACCUGAUGAACAACUUUCAGAAACCGCAUGUGUUUCAGAGACAUCAUUUUCCUCAGGGAGCCCAGAGGGAGUGUGUGUUAGCAUUGCGUCUCCAGGAGGCGACACACAAUCUGCAUCAGAGGAUCCAUGUACUCCUGCAUCGGUUGAGGCUGCUUUUCUUUCUGAAGUUUCAAGUUUUGAGAAUACCGAGUCUGAAAGCCAGCAAAAGCCUUUAGAUGAAAGCCCACCUACAUCCCUAGCUUCAGACAAUUCACCAAUCUCUGCUUCUCCUGUAAGAUCAGAAGCCUCUCCCUCCUCGAGUCAUACUCUGACAUCAGAAGCAUCCCCAGCAUCUAACUUACCAUUAACUUCUGAAGCUUCUCCUAUGUCUGAUGUACCAUUAGCAUCAGAAACUUCAUCUGUGUCUUCAGUAGCUUUGGCCUCUGAAACUGGACAUGCAGCAAACAUACCUCCAACUUCAGAAGCGUCUUCUGUUUAUAGCCCUCCUACAAAUGAACAUCUCAUGCUUCAAGCUGGAAUCUCUCCAGCCUCAUCUGAUGAAUCACAGUCACCUUCAAAGGAUGAAACCGAUGGUUUCUCAGAGGCAUCCCAAGGGGAGGGUGCUGCAAUUGAGACAGAAAGCAAUGAAGACAUAAAGUAUCAUCAACCAGUAUCCCUUAAUUCUGAUACAUCAAUAUCAGAAGAUAUUCCCAGUCACAAACAGUGUAAAUCUGAAGUAGACUGUGAAAAGUCAUAUGGAGCAGUCACUCCGGAAUUAUCACCGCCAGAUACAAUAACAAUAAAAACCAAUUCAACACAUUACUGCAUUGUUGAUAAAAAAUAUAUGUCUCCAUCACAUAACGACUCUGGAGGAAUAUUUGCUAAAAACAAUGAAUUUCAUCAGCCAAAGUCCAAUGAUAAGUAUGCUAGCACACUAGAAACAUCUGGGUUCUUUGAAUCCUCCCGAAGCAAAAGUCAUAAACAGCAGGGAAGCUUACAAAACAGACAAGAGAGUGGUCAUGCAAAGUCAUUUGACCAUGGUAAACAGUCUGAAGCGCUAAGAACUGAAGGCCGGGAGCCUGAGAUUUCAAAAAGAAAGACUGUGGAACACCACAAUUAUGGAAUAUUCAAGGAGAAACGUCCACGGAUAGACGAUGAUCAUCUUUCUAGAAUAUCUUCAAGUCACUCUGACAGAGAACACCCCCCGAGAGAGGAGCCUAAAGUUCCACCACUCAAGAUCCAGCUUUCCAAAAUUGGUCCUCCGUUUAUCAUCAAAAGCCAACCUGCUCCCAAACUUGAAUCCAAAGUGUCCUCUAGCUCAUCUGCCGGUGGUGGGAGAAACACUGGAGCCAGAACCCUUGCUGAUAUUAAAGCAAGAGCGCAACAAGCCAGAGCACAAAGAGAGGCGGCCGCUGCAGCUGCGGUGGCUGCUGCCGCAAGCAUUGUUUCAGGAGGUGUUGGAAACCCUUGUGAAGGCAGCAAGACGAGAACGUUGGCACACAUCAAAGAACAAACAAAGGCUAAGAUAUUUGCCAAGCAUCAGGCAAGGGUUAAUACGCAACAGAGCACUAAGGACGGAAAAGCAAAAGACGGUGGUUCAGCAUCGGAUGUACCUUCUUCCGAUUCAAAGAUAGAAGGCUCAACUGGUGUCAUCAUCAUUAAUCCAAACUGCAAGUCUCCUAGCAACAAGUCCACCCUCCAUCGGGAAGCCACAUUACAGAAACCUCUCAGUACUACGCCAUCGUCGGAAACAGACUCUGAUGAAUCUGUGCACAGUUCCAAUGAAAAUAUUCAUGUGCCACAUUCCAUUGACAAAGCUGUUACAUCUACCUCCAGUACAGACGGCAGUGUACCGAUGCAUUUUAACAAAAAUGUUGGUAAGAUGUCUGUCUGCAGCUCUGCCGAUGCUCAUUUUACAAACUCACUUGAAAAGUCGUCGGUUCUAAUGUCCAUUGACAGCGAAAACUCCACAAGAUCCACGUGUGGCAUUGGCAUGCUCAGCCCAGUUAAGGAGACUGACGUCCCUUGCAUUGCUGUUGUGCCUAAAUGCACUGAUGACACUAGCAGUCAUGAAGCAAAUUCCAUUGUGUGCAAGUCCGCAGAUGACAAAAGAGUGCCAGUAUCUGUCAGUAUUGCUAACCCCAUUGUUAAUUUUAACACCGCUGUGCCAAUUUCAUCGAUUGGGGGUUGUCUGCCAAAUCCUCAUCAUAGUAACUCUUUGUUGAAUUCACUAAACUCGUCAGUGGGUGCAAGCAACUGGCAUCCUGACAAAUUGGCUAUGCCAGAGUAUGAAGAAGAAAGCGCUGCACAAAUCUGUACCUCCGCCCGAAAAUUGUCAAACCAUGAGGAAGGAAUGGUCGAUUCUCUUGGACGGUCUAGCACUGCGAUGUUCUCCAAUCGAAGGACUGUGGGUUCUGAUUUGAGCCAUGACAAAAUGGAGAAAAGUCCAUGUAGUAACUUAUCAGACGUACAGAGUGCAACGCUACCUACAGGGUUAACGCAAACCUCCUCCAACCGAUCUAUUCCUUGCAAAGUCAUUGUUGAUCACUGUACAACUCCAAAUUCAUCUUUCCCAUUUAAUGUUGAGAAUGCAGAAAACAAUGUGGAUUCCCAAAGCAGGCACGGAAAGAUGGACCUUUUAGCGCAAAAUAAAACAUGUCCCCAGGUGUCUGUUAUAAGCAGGCAGGAAAACCUCAUUAAUGAAAGUGCAGACCAGAUUUGUAACUCAGCCAUUAAUACAAGGCUAACAAGAGAUGAUAGAAACAAGAUCACAACAAGCACUAGCUUUUCAGAAACAUCCUUCUUGUUGCAAGAUAAAAUAAGUGAGACGGCAGCUUCUCAGCAGAACUUUAGCGAGCAGUUACGGUGCCCUCCUUCUUUAAAGUGUGGCACAGAUAAUAACUCCAAUUUAGAGUACAUGUCUAACAACAGAAUAUGUUGGAGUGAAAAGGAACAUGCUAACAAUGACAAGACAGUCGUAAACCAUAUAACUGCAAACAAGCGCAUAGGGUAUUCUAACGAAAGGAUUGUAGGUGAAGUCAAAAGUGAACCUGGGAGUUAUCUGCAGGUGUCAAAGCGUAAUAGUCAUAGCCCUGUCACAAAUACCAGUGUUCCUAUUAAAUCAGAAGCGUGUGAACCUGGAAAGUGCUUUGCAGUGGAUACCGCAAGCCUUUCACAUCUCAACAAUUCUUCCAAAGGUAAUGACUUGGAUCUAAGUGUGCAGUCCUCAAAGACCACUGUAAAUGUUUCCAGAGAGGAGACCAUGUCUUUGACUACAGAAAACCUAAAAAGGGUUACCAGCACAGGGAAUCCAAGCUGUCGCCUUUCUUCGGUUGAGGCAAAUAAUCCAUUAGUAACUCAGCUUCUUCAAGGCAACCUGCCGCUGGAAAAAGUGUUACCGCAGCCAAGACCUGGCGCAAAGCUAGAAAUUAAUAGGCUCCCGAUGCAACCCACAUCUGUGUAUAAAAGUACACCCGAUAGAAUGAUUGCUGAAAAUAGCCUCCGGCCCCCUACUCCUGAUAGUAAGAAUUACCCACUGGGAAAUAUGAACCCCCUGCAAAUGAGGAAACGUGAAAACCAUCCUAAAAAGAGGAUGGCUAGGACUGUUGGCGAACAUGCUCAGAUUAAAUGCGAGUCUGGGAAGCUAGCUAUGGACACCGACGCCAACCUGUCGUCCUGUAUGAUGACUUCUGCUAUGCCUCCAUUGGGUCAGGGAAAGGCGUUUAAGCAAGAGUGGAUGAACAAGCACCCUGUUCAAGCCAGGAUUGCUCACAGCCCCGAGAUCAAACAGCAAAAGAGGCCACUGCCCUCUUGCAGUUUCCAACAAAACGUAUUUAAUGUUGAUAAAAAUGGCAGCUAUCACUCUGAAACUAGUACCUCACACAGGCAGCAUUAUUACCAAAUGCCUAUGGCCCAGAGAGGCCCUGGCUCUGCAGUGUAUUUGCCGCAAGGUUCCGUAAAGCCCCAUCCCAACACUUUUGCUUAUAACAGGCACCCGGAACAGAAGGUUUUGGGAGAAAACAAUGCUCCGUCCCUUCCUCCCCGAAUGGGGAAUGCGUAUUCACCAAGCAUUCACAUGAAGGAAAGCGAAGACCUCAGUGAUGCCCCACAGACUCUGCAACAUAAAUUUUUAGUGCAUCCUUCCUUAUCUAAUUCAGAAGUCCCUUCUGAUCAAAAGCAACCAGCAGUUACUAUGGAAACCACUAAAAGACUUGGUUGGCCUCAGCCUACAAGCAUCUGUAGCAAUAUAAAGUCAGAGCCCAUCUCUUUUGAGGACGGUUUAAACAACAGCUGUGAACUGACCAUGAAACAAGCUUCCUAUGAACAGAAUGAAAUGAAAGAACAGUUAAAAGCAUUUGCUUUGAAAAAUGCCGAUUUUUCUUCCUAUUUACUUUCUGAGCCACAAAAGCCUUUUGCUCAAUUAGCUGCGCAGAAAUUACAAACGCAGCAGCUGCCACAGCAGCAGCAGCAAUGUGGGAAUUACCCAGCGAUUCAGUUUGGUAGCACAAGCUUCAAAAGAGCGGCAUCUGCCAUUGAAAAGUCUAUCGGAAUUUUAGGGAGCAACUCAAAACCUCCUCCUGGGUUGGGCGGUCAGAACACUCCGAUGCCUGCGCAGACGUUUGCUGACAGCAGCAGUGCGGACGAAUUGGAACUGAAAUGUUCCUGCAGGCUAAAAGCCAUGAUUGUGUGCAAAGGUUGCGGGGCUUUCUGUCACGAUGACUGCAUAGGCCCUUCAAAGUUGUGUGUCGCGUGUCUAGUUGUUCGAUAGAAUCAAACAUGGGAUUGCUGUAUUUUAAACUUUACAGCCAAAUUGGCUACGCCAAGAGCAGUAACAUUGUAUUUCUAUUUUUUUCCCAGUGUUAAAAUUUUUGUUUAAGGACCUUUUUCCUAGAGGAGAAAAAUACUUCAACAAGCAAAACAGUAAUUGUUGUUCUUUUAACUUAUUGAAAUCACAACUGUGUGUUUACUCAUUCUGUUAGGAAACCCCUAUAUGUACAUUUCCAUUCUGUUUGCAGUUGGAGUGAUUCUCUAAGGCCUUGUGCCAUAUCAUUGUAAAUUUGAUCCUUUAUAUACCUUAUCCUAUUUAUUGGCAUUUGAACUCCCGUCGAUAUCAUGGGCACUCUCACUUGUGUGUUUUUAUUUAUUUUUUAUUUUGUUUUUAGUUUUUUCUAAAAUAGUGUGUUAUAAUGGACCAGCUGCUGGAAGGUAUUUGCGAUACAUACAUAAAGCGCUGUUUACUUACUCCCACAUAUGAUGUUUUAGAGUGACACUUCAAUUAAGCCAGCUGUUAUGUCUUCUUACAGCGGAAAGCGUUUUUUUUUUCUUUUCUUUUUUAUUACUAGACU